AUGGAAGCACGUACACUGCCGCUUCACUCAGCAGAGAGCCUAAGCUCUGAUUCCAAUGCUUGCAGAUAUCAGGCUUUCCCUUCACGAGUCGUCUCCUUGAUUAUACCCAUGUUAUCUGAGCAAACUGUGGACGCCUAUCUCUGGUGGCACGCGGCAUUUCAAGUGGAUUUAUAUUACAUUUUCUCCAUAACGCCGAAUUUGCGUGACGGUUUGCUUAUCCGUCUGCCCAGCUCCCUGACUGCCAGGCCGACAAAGUUGUAA